CUGAUAAAAAUAUGCCUUUUUUCAUUCCCUUGCAUCCAAUUUAUUCUAGGCAAACCGAUCCAGUGCUGGAUCCCACAAGAAUUCACCCGCGGCUGGGAAGAAUAUGCCGAAAACUAUUGUUGGGUAUCCAACACUUAUUUUGCACCCAUUCAAAAUCGAUUACCCCCUGCUCCCGAUCGAGAAAUGUUGCUGAUUGGCUAUUAUCAAUGGGCUCCAAUUGUGAUGGCCAUCCAGGCAAUGGCCUUUUAUCUACCCUGCCUUAUAUGGCGACUUUUUAUGGCUCAGUCAGGCUUCAAUGUGAGACGUAUACUCCAAAUGGCCUGUGACAGCAAUGUGCUCUUGCCAGAACAUACGAUGAAAAACGUACGAUUUAUUGCUAGAUACAUGGAAGGAUGUAUUUACCGUCACACAUUCCGCGCGGGUACCGACGGUUCCGGGACAGGGUGGGGAUGUUGCGGCAAACGACAUGGCAAUUAUCUGGUCGUGCUGUAUUUUUUCAUCAAAGUUUUAUAUUUGACCAAUAUUGUCGGUCAGUUGUUCAUGAUGGAGAAAUUUGUUGGUAACAAUUACACAUUCUACGGACUACGCGUACUCAUCGAUUUGAUCAAAGGACGUGAAUGGUUUCAUUCCGGAAAUUUUCCCCGUGUCACAUUUUGUGAUUUUGAGGCAAAAAAGUUGGGCAAAAAUCACAAAUACACACUUCAGUGUGUCCUUCCGCUGAAUAUGUUCCUCGAAAAAAUUUAUAUUUUCCUCUGGUUCUGGCAUUGCAUGGUCGGACUGGUCACUUUGAGCAGUUUUAUCAUGUGGUUCUAUCGUAUGGGAUUCCCCAAUCGACGUGUGAAAUUUAUACGGAAAUAUUUGAAAAUUAUGUCCGUUCUACGUGACACAGACAAGGCCGCAUCGCACAAAUUUGUGGAGAACUAUUUGCGCCCUGACGGUGUGUUUCUGAUUCGGCUGAUUGCAAUCAAUGUGGGCGAUCUGAUGGCCGGUGAUUUGGCUUGCGAAUUGUGGCACAUUUAUCGACACAAACGUUUGCACGAAGCUGAGGAUCAGAAAUAUUUGGAUGCGACUGGUAUGCUCACGGAUUUUGUUUUACCCUACGAACCCGGAGCACCGGGUGCGGGCGAUAUUCCUUUGAAUGUGGCCGGCCGCAUGGUUGACAAACAUCCAGUUCCUAGUGCUCCUUUAACCAGUGCAAAUAAUAAUAAUAAUAAUCUUAGUAGUUCUAAUAAUAAUAAUAAUAAUAAUGACGAUAGCAUUGUAUAA